AUGGCAACUUUAAAUUCAUUUGUAUGGUCCCUUCCUCCAGAAACAGAACAUGGACCAACGACAACCAUCACUGUACUACAGUUACUAGUAAAUUCAUUUGUAUGGUCCCUUCCUCCAGAAACAGAACAUGGACCAACGACAACCAGCACUGUACUACAGUUAAAUUCUUUUGAAUGUCCUCCAGAAACAGAACAUGGACCAACGACAACCACCACUGUAGUACAGUUAACUUCAUUUGUAUGGUCCCUUCCUCCAGAAACAGAACAUGGAUCAACGACAACCACCACUGUACUACAGUUUAAUUCUUUAGUAUGGUCCCUUCCUCCAGAAACAGACAUGGACCAUCGACAACCACCACGUCCUCCAGAAACAGAACAUGGACCAAUGACAACCACCACUGUACUACAGUUGAAUUCAUUUGUAUGGUCCUUUCCUCCAGAAACAGAACAUGGACCAAUGACACCCACCACUGUACUACAGUUUAAUUCAUUUGUAUGGUCCCUUCCUCCAGAAACAGAACAUGGAACAACGACAACCACCACUGUACUACAGUUAAAUUCAUUUGUAUGGUCCCUUCCUCCAGAAACAGAACAUGGACCAACGACAACCAUCACUUUAAAUUCAUUUGUAUGGUCCCUUCCUCCAGAAACAGAACAUGGAACAACGACAACCACCACUGUACUACAGUUAAAUUCAUUUGUAUGGUCCCUUCCUCCAGAAACAGAACAUGGACCAAUGACAACCACCACUGUACUACAGUUACUAGUUAAUUUAUUUGUAUGGUCCCUUCCUCCAGAAACAGAACAUGGACGAACGACAACCACCACUUCCCUUCCUCCAGAAACAAAACAUGGACCAACAACAACCACUGCUUUAAAUUCAUUUGUAUGGUCCCUUCCUCCAGAAACAGAACAUGGACCAACGACAACCACCCUGUACUACAGUCAAAUUCAUUUGUAUGGUCCUCCAGAAACAGAACAUGGACCAACGACAACCACCACUGUACUACAAAACAGACAUGGAUUAACGACAACCACCACUGUACUUAAAUACAGACAUGGACCAAUUACAACCACAACUGUACUACAGUUAAAUUCAAUUGUAUGGUCUCUUCCUCCAGAAACAGAAUAUGGACCAACGACAACCACCACUAAACAGAACAUGGACCAACGACAACCACCACUGUACUACAGUUAUCUUCAUUUGUAUAGUCCUCCAGAAACAGAACAUGGACCAAUGACAACUACUACUGUACUACAGUUAAAUUCAUUUGUAUGGUCCCUUCCUCCAGAAACAGAACAUGGACCAACGACAACCACCACUGUGCUACAGUUAAAUUCAUUUGUAUGGUCCCUUCCCCCAGAAACAGAACAUGGACCAACGACAACCACCACUGUACUACAGUUCAAUUCAUUUUUAUGGUCACUUCCUCCAAAAACAGAACAUGGACCAACGACAACCACCACUGUACUACAGUAA